AUGCCAGGAACUCUUGCAUCGGAUUAUGCGGCCUGGUCCAAGCUUCAACAGCUCUACGAUUCAAAGAAACAGUCUCUCGUCCUAAAGGAUCUAUUUGCAGCAGAUCCGGAUCGAUUCAAAAAGUUUAGUCGCGAAUACUCUGCUCCAAAUGCGUCCUUCCUCUUGGACUUUUCCAAGAAUUUGAUCGACGAGGAAGUGUUUGCUGCUCUCAUCCAACUCGUUAAAGAGGCUGAUGUUGAGGGUGCUCGGGAUGCCAUGUUCAGGGGCGAGCACAUCAACACGUCCGAAGACAGAGCCGUCCUACAUAUUGCGCUGAGGAACGUUGGCAACACGUUUACCAUCUCAGAACCCGGAGUCGACGAGGUACAAGGCGUCCUUGAACACAUGCGUGUUUUCUCGGACAGUAUCAGAAGCGGUGAAUGGAAGGGCUACACGGGGAAAUCGAUCAAUACUAUCGUCAACAUUGGAAUAGGAGGCUCGGAUCUAGGACCUGUCAUGGUCACAGAAGCCCUCAAAUACUACUCCAAGCGUGACCUCCGAGCCUUCUUCGUCUCGAACAUCGACGGUACUCACAUUGCGGAGACGCUAAAGGAGUGCGAUCCAGAGACGACACUGUUCAUUAUCGCUUCCAAGACCUUCACUACGCAGGAAACGAUUACCAAUGCUGAGACGGCAAAGGAGUGGUUCUUGAAAAAGGCUGGCGACAAGGCCCAUGUGGCUAAGCACUUUGUCGCGCUUAGCACCAAUACCAAAGCUGUCACAGCAUUUGGCAUCGCAGAGGAGAAUAUGUUCCAAUUCUGGGACUGGGUUGGUGGCCGUUACUCCCUCUGGUCUGCAAUUGGUCUCUCGAUUGCGCUGGUCAUUGGCUUUGAUAACUUCAAGGCGCUCCUCGAGGGCGCGCAUGAGAUGGAUAAGCACUUUACCAGCACGCCAUUGGAGAACAAUCUGCCAGUGAUCAUGGCCGCUCUCGGAAUCUGGUACGGAGACUUUUACGGCUCACAGACACACGUUCUCCUGCCCUAUGACCAGUAUCUCCACAAGUUUGCUGAUUACUUCCAGCAAGGCGACAUGGAGUCGAACGGAAAGUUUGUGACCAAGGCUGGACAGCGUGUCAAUUACCAGACUGGACCAAUCAUCUGGGGUGCUGCAGGUACCAAUGGACAACACUCAUUCUAUCAACUCCUCCAUCAGGGUACCAAGUUGAUUCCGGCAGAUUUCCUUGCACCAGCAAACUCUCUCAACGACGUUGGUGGAGACAAGCAUCACCGUAUCCUCCUUUCCAACUUCUUUGCCCAGCCAGAGGCUCUCGCAUUUGGCAAGAAUGAGGAGACAGUUAAGAAGGAACUUGGACCGAAUGCGUCCGAAGCUCUGAUCAAGUCCAAAGUGUUUGAGGGGAACCGACCAAGCAACUCGAUCAUGUUCCCAAAGAUGACCCCUUCGACGCUUGGUGCAUUGAUUGCGCUCUACGAGCACAAGAUUUUUGUUCAGGGGAUGGUGUGGGGUAUCAACUCGUUUGACCAAAUGGGUGUCGAGCUUGGAAAGAUCUUGGCAAAAAACAUUCUCGCUCAGCUCAACUCACCCGAGGACGUCGUCGGCCAUGACAGUUCGACAACGGGCCUUAUUCACUACUAUCAGAAGAAUCGUGCUUGA